AUGGGCGGGUUAGUUCCGGCUGAAGGCGAUCGUCCCAAGUUUGCACAAUUGUACAUUCAUGACACUCAAAAUGAGGUCCAGAAUAGAAUGAAUUUCUUCCCAACAGAUCCAGAGGCAAACCCAUUAAGGGAGGAUAUAGUUCAAGGCCUAAAAGAAAUGCUCGACAACAAUAACAUAUUGGUCCAAACAUUUCGUUCAGCUAGAGAUCGAAUAAUGGAUCGUGAUCUUGAACAAGUACAUGUGAAGCUAUGUGCAAGAAGGAUUGGCGAUGGAAGGGAAUAUGAAUUGCCUACUGGCAAUGAAAUUGCUGCACUGAUAGUUGAUGAUGCUGGACAGAACUCAUUUGAGCCGGACAUCAUUGUCCAACAACAAAGCUCAGAACUACAACGUAUCAGCUUAUAUCAUCCAAGUUUGAUGGCUUUACAGUACCCAAUAUUAUUUCCAUUUGGAGAGGAUGGAUGGCAUCCAAAUAUUGAACAGUGUCCAGAGCUUGAUGAGGAUAAUGAAAAAGAACCUAAGAUGGUAUCACAAUGUGAUUACUAUAGCUACCGACUACAAACAAGGUUUGAUCAAUCGAAUUCAUUGUUGUUGGCCGGUAAGCUGCUGCAACAAUAUGUAGUCAAUGCAUAUGCUUUGGUGGAAGCUGAGCGCCUUGACUGGAUAAGAAAUAAUCAGUCAAAAUUGCGACGCCAUUAUUACAGUGGAUUGGUUGAUUCGUUUCUACGGGGUGAUACAGAUCUAAAGUUGACUGGGCAACAUAUCAUUUUGGCGUCCACACACACAGGCAGCCCUCGGUACAAAUAUGAGAAUUUCCAAGAUGCUAUGGCAAUAUGUCGUUGGACUGGGUAUCCAGAUUUGUUUAUUACAUUUACCUGCAAUGCUAACUGGCCGGAGAUUCAAUUCAUGGUGGAUAUUAUUAAAGCCAACGGCCGCAAGGAUUACAACCGAGCAGAUGUCAUUGCCCGAGUCUUUAGACUAAAGUUACUACAAUUGAUGCUUGAGAUUAGAGACAAACAAAUCUUCGGCAAGACCUCUGGUUAUGUUCAUGCAAUUGAGUUCCAGAAGCGCGGACUUCCACACGCUCAUAUCUUAGUUUUCUUGGCUGCAGAAGAUAAGCCUGCCACCCCAACAGAGAUCGACUCUAUUAUCUCCGCAGAAAUUCCUGAUCAGAACCUUGAUCCUGAAGGUUAUAAUGCCGUGACCUCUUUCAUGAUACAUGGUCCAUGUGGACCUUCAUCUCCAAAUGCCCAAUGCAUGAAAAAUGGUAUUUGCACAAAACACUUUCCAAAACAAUUCUGUACUCAAACUACAAUUGAUGAAAAUGGUUUUGCUAAGUAUCGCCGGCAAGACACAGGAACUGUGACAGUUAAUCGAACCGAAGUUGAUAAUCGUUAUGUUGUUCCUUAUAAUCGGUAUUUGCUCUUGCGUUUUGGUGCACAUAUCAAUGUUGAGUUCUGCAAUCGUUCAAGGGCCAUAAAGUACUUAUUCAAGUACAUUAACAAACCCGCCGAUCGAGCUACAUCAACAUUAGUCGGGAACCAGAUAUCAAACACAAAUACACAAGUUUCAGACAGUUCUGCAGGGGCAAGACAUAUUGACGAAGUCAAAGCUUUCCUGGACUGUCGAUAUGUAACAGCCAGAGAAGCCUGUUGA